AAAGAUUUAGGUCCGAUUUAAAGAAAGACAUCUGCUCGUUUUUAUACCCAAACCCAUCUAAAAACACGACAGUCUGAAUUAGAUAUAUUCGGGUGCGUAUUUGUGCGCAGUUGUGCAGCGCUGGACUGUUGUGCGCAGUGAGAUCAAGAUUGCGCCGCGUCUGCGCAGGUCCGCGGGAUCAGAGGAGCUGUGCUGAAGCUUCGUCCCCGAGUGACCUCUCACUACUGAUAUUAACGGGACACGAAAACCGCUGAGUCUUCACUUCGGCUGUUGUCCGUCAUGGCAACUGACAUGAUACUGUUGAUGCGAGGCUUGGCUAAAUUAAGCCAAGCAGUGGCAGAGACCCAGACCAAUGCCUUACGCAGUGGGACAGUGCCAGCGGUUGGGGCAGCAGUUGAAACCGUCCAGUCUGCUGCUGAACAAGGUCUGUCUACUGCCAUGAUGAAGAUGCAGGAGAUCUCUGGCCAGCAAACCUCCUCGACCUCAUCUGAAUUUGAUUUCCCUGAGGAUGAUGGGACAUUUCAGGCCUCAGAGUUCAGGGAAGAAGGUGGUGAGUUUAUGGCUGGGCAUUCAGGAAGUGGAGAGGAAGGAUCAGCCAAUCAGAACUCAGCCACAGGAGGAAAUCACUCAAUAUUUGAAGGAUAUAAAGAUCCAUCAAAACAGUUCACAGAUCAAACCAGAUCCUAUCACGUUGACUCAGGGAGGCACUUUUUGCCCAACCAUCAUUUAUACGCCCAGAGACAUUUGUGGGGACAGAUGUUGUGCCAGCAUUCGAUUAGGCAGCUCAGGAAUUAUCAUCAGGACCCCUCCACAGUUGGGGGGCUGACAGCAGAGGACAUUGAGAAAGCCAGGCAGAGCAAGAGGCCAGAUGCGAAACCACACAAACAAAUGCUGAGUGAGCGAGCUAGAGAGCGAAAAGUGCCUGUGACCCGACUUGGACGAUUGGCCAACUUUGGAGGACUAGCUCUUGGUUUGGGUUUUGGAGCUCUUGCAGAAGUGGCCAAGAAGACCAUUCGACAAAAUGAUGCUGAAGGUGAACAGAAGAAAGCUGUUUUGGAUUCAAGUCCCUUUCUGUCUGAGGCCAAUGCUGAACGUAUCGUUCGGACACUUUGUAAAGUCAGAGGAGCUGCAUUAAAGCUUGGACAAAUGCUUAGCAUUCAAGAUGAUGCUUUUAUCAACCCACAACUCGCUAAGAUUUUUGAGCGUGUGAGACAGAGUGCUGACUUUAUGCCAAUCAAACAAAUGACGAAAGCCUUAAACAAUGAUUUUGGUCCAAACUGGAGGGACAAACUAGAGGCAUUCGAGGAGCGUCCAUUUGCAGCAGCCUCAAUUGGGCAAGUGCAUUUGGCCCGGAUAAAGGAUGGAAGAGAGGUAGCCAUGAAAAUACAGUAUCCCGGUGUAGCCCAAAGUAUCAACAGUGACGUCAACAACCUGAUGACUGUGCUGCACAUGAGCAACGCUUUGCCUGAAGGCUUGUUUCCAGAUCACCUCAUUGAUGUGAUGAGAAAAGAGCUUGCACUGGAGUGUGACUACAUCAGAGAAGCUCAGUGUGCAAAGAAGUUUAAGGAGCUACUAAAGGAUGAUCCAUUCUUCUACGUACCUGAGGUGAUCGAUGAGUUAAGCAGCAGACACGUCCUCACUACUGAACUCGUCCCUGGUUUUCCACUGGACAAAGCUGAGACUCUGUCCCAGGACCAGAAGAAUGAGAUCUGUCAGAAUAUCUUGAUGUUGUGUCUAAGAGAGCUGUUUGAGUUCCGCUACAUGCAAACUGAUCCAAACUGGUCCAACUUUUUUUAUGACCCUCAAACGCACAGGGUGGCACUGUUAGACUUUGGAGCUACCAGAGGAUUUGACCAGACUUUCACUGAUGUCUACAUUGAAGUGAUCCGUGCGGCAGCUGAGGGUGACAGAGAAGGAGUUCUACAGAAAUCUAUUGACAUGAAGUUUUUGACUGGAUACGAGUCCAAGCCGAUGAUAAACGCUCACGUGGAUGCUGUGAUGAUCCUGGGGGAGGCCUUUAACUCAAGCGAGGCCUUCGAUUUCGGCUCUCAGUCCACCACAGAGCGCAUCCACAACCUGAUCCCUGUCAUGCUCAAACACAGGCUCACCCCACCCCCCGAAGAGACCUACUCCCUUCACAGGAAGAUGGGCGGCUCCUUUCUCAUCUGCUCCAAGCUAAACGCCAAGCUCAAGCUCAAGGAGAUGUUUCAGAAGGCCUACAACAACUACUGGGAGGGGAGGACCAAACCCUCUAACUAAAAAGAUAAAAUGAAAUUGCAUAACGCACAAACUGGGGCCAAAAGUAAAGCUAUUGAAAGAAUAACAACAGGGACAGUUGAUACGAUUCCUGCCUGCGACUGUUUUCCCCAUUUUGGGCAUCUCACUACCGAAAGACAAUGUAGCACAAUUUCCAGUUUUAGAUUUUAAACAUGGGAGCAGCCAGCAACAUUGGAUUUGAUUUUUGUUUGAGAAUUUAUUGUAGAAAUAUUUGAUUUGAAUGCAUUUUUGUUGAAGGUACUUUUGCUUUUUGUAGCAUUUGAGUUGCUGUGUAAUUAUGAAAUGUUUUGCUUUAAACAUGUAAGUUUUUUUCCCCCUAUGAAUUUAUUGUUUCCAAAAAUAUCUGGGAAAUGGACAAAAAAAGAUAAAAGGAUGCUCGACAGUCCUUAAAGUAUUAUAUAAUUUUCACAAUAUUCUGUUUGUGGUUAUACUAAACUGUUCUAUUUGAGAUUAGUGAGGUUCAAGGUAAAGAUACUGCCUAGAGGGCUUCUUAAGAGGGCUUCUUCGUUGUUUUUGUUUCACUGUCCAUAAUGGUCACAAUUACAAAUGCAAAUCAAUGUUUAGUUCAGCUAACCAUGUUUAAACUAAUGCCUCAAUUUUAAUACCAAAGUAAUAUUUUCUUGUAAUCUUGUGAGUGUGUGAAUGUAAAAUGCAAAAUGAAUUUACUCUGGUUGGGUCUAUACUCACUAAUGUAUAUUGUCCUUGGUAAAUAUGGUAAAGAUGAUAUUGGUAAAUAUCAUCUGAGAGUGUGAAAUCCUAAAUAGUCUCGUGUGGCUGCAAAAUCUUUCUGUACUGUUCUGCUCCACCGAUUCAAAAUUGUAGGCAUAAUUGUUAACAGUGCCUGUGCUUUAUUGAUUUAGCAAGAAAUAUCUAUAUUUUUGUUAAUAAAAUUUAAUAACUUUUGUAAAUCUAAUGCAUUUUAAAAUGACUAUAUUAAAAUCAAUUCAUUUUGAUGCAUAUCUUGUGUGUAUGACAUUGAAACAAUUAAAGAAGGCCUAUGCAGACAUU